AUGUUAUUUGAUAUAAAACUAGCUUUGGCAAAAACGAACUGCGUUUGCACUACUGCUGAUGCGUGGAGUUCUAAACAUCGAAGAUUUCUUGGUGUUACAGCUCAUUGGAUCGAUGACAAUAACUUGAGUAGAAAAUCGGUUGCUUUAGCAUGUAGGAACUUUCCUGGAACCCAUUCCUUUGAUAAUGUUACAAACUUAUUGGAAGAAAUUCAUACAUUUUUUGAAUUGCCUUUGUCGAAACUUGCGGGGACAGUGACCGAUAACGGUUCAAAUUUCGUUAAAGCCUUCAAGGAGUUUGGCAUUGUCGACGAAGAUUUCGAUUAG